AUGAGUGCAUGGUCUAGGCUUUAUCUUCUGCUGGGUAUUCGGAUUGUCUUCAAGUUGAGCGCAGCCUCUCACGAUGCACCUACCGCUAAUAGUCCUAGUGAACCUAAUAAACCCGGAGAAUCUGCCUCUGUUGAAAAAUCUUUGCCGCCUUGGUUCCAAAAGACACAGCCGGAUGUGCAUAUUCCUCGAAAACGAUCCCGCUCUCCGGAGCAUACAUCUCAUCCCGCUUCUCUUACCAACUCCAACUCUAACGGCGACGACAACGAUGCUCAACUACACGCAUCCAAACGCCUGAAGUCUAUCUCCCACCAUUCUGCAACCUCUCCGACGGCCACGUCUCCCCCAAAAUCCGCCCCAUCACCUGCGAAAGCUCAUAACUACUCCACCCUACUGAAACAUCUCGACGUGAAGAAAGCUGGGAGGCUAAUCACUGCCAGGGAGAAUGCGAUUAAGAGUGUCAAGACUCUAGUUCCGAAGGAGAAGGAAAAGCGGACGAAUGUAGCUGAUUUGGGUGGUAACGGUAUAAAGAACGUCGUGGCGCGGGUGGAUGAAGGAGGACGAAUACAGAUGGAUCACUGGCGGAUGCGAAUUCGACAAUUGAACACUGCUGUCUACAAGCUGGCGCAUUUCCUUCGCCACUCGCCUACAAGCUCCAGUUUCGACUCCAGGGAUCUCACCUUGUCUGAUUCGAGUCUGGAUAAUCGAAGGGCAAGCUUCCCCUCCUCGACUAUAGCGACCACUGUCCGCGACGGUCUCCGACACCAGCCUCAACAACGACCGCCAUCCACAACAACGCUACCCCAUUUGCCGCCACUCUAUCAAGGUGCGUCCAUUCUAUCUACUUUGUCGAAAUCGUUGCUGACUUGCUGCCCGUCGGUGUUGUUCUUCCCUGCCACCACUUUCUUGGACCGCCGACGUGUCAAGACGUCAAGCACGAGCAUGCUUGAAGGGUUCCUGGGGGUGUCUGUGCUGGGCCUUGGGUGCUUAUCUGGGCUGGGGUCGCUGGGCUUGGGCUUCUGGGCUUCUGAGGUCUCUGUGCUCGUGCUGGGUCUCUUCGCUGGACCUUGGGUCUCUGGGCUGGAUCUUGGGCUAGGCGACAUCGACCUCACGAGCGAGAUCAAGCACGACGACUAA